AAUGGCUAAUCAAUUAGAUACAAUUUAAUUUUCUAGCUAAAAAAAAUUUCAUUAGCAUAUUCCUUCAAUUGACUAUCAUAUAUAGAAUAAAGUAUAUUAAUACCCUUCGAAUUUUGACUAUCAUCAAAUCAAUAAAGAAAUUUAAUUCAUAGCAGAUUAUGCAUAAAAACUAAUAAAAACCACUUAAUAAACAUCGGAUAAAUAUAAAUACAUAAUUAGAAUUGCAGAAAUUAGUAUGAAAUCUAAAGAAGUAGAUAACAAUAAAAAAUUAUUGGAUGAUAUCAUUGAUGAAUUAACUAUCAUACUUGCUCACUGUUUGAAAUCAAAAACUGUGUAAUUAUUGCUUACUAGAUUAUUUUAGCUAUAUAAAAGAAAAUAAACAAACUUUAUUAAUAGUGAUACAAACAUCAAAAAAUUUAGGUUAUUUUUUAAUAACAAACCUAAUAAUCAAAAUAAUAUACUUUCCAAUUUAAUAGAGUCAACAAGAAUACAUACAUAAAAAUAAAUAUCAUCUUCUCCUACAUCUUAAUAUUAAAAUUCUAUAUUUAUUUAAAGAAGAGAUAGUAAUAUUUAGACUUAAGUUUGUAAAAACGAUGAUUUAUAAAAUUAAAAUGAUGAACAUCUACAAGCAAUAUUCAAUCCACCCUUAAGUUUUUAGAGAUAAAAAAACUAUUAGCUUUCAAAAUAUUGA